CAGAGCAUCCUCUGCGGAACGCCAAGCGGCGUCAAUCGCACAGAUGUCACUGACCUGGGAACCGGCGUUGGGAAGGUACGGACGGCAGCCAAUGUGUUGUGACAGGACCACAAGCAUUUGCGCGAUGUUCGCUGUGUGCCUGUCUGUCAGCUUCCCACCGGACAAGCCCAUCUGUGCACGCACGAGCGAGUCCCGCUUCUUCUACUGCAUCAAAGAAGACGUCGGUCUUUUCACGGGGCCGAUUGUCGCGGAUAGAGACGAGGUUGGAUUUGUUAAGGGUGUCCUCAGCGGCCAGCCAUCGUCCCUCUGCUUCCCGCCCGUGUUGGAUCCGUGCUUCAAUGCCGUCAAUCGCUUCGCUGUGCCCUUCGACUGUGCCGGCAGCCUGCCUGACGUCGAGAGAAGAGAAGACAUGGGGCCUGACAAGUCGAGUGACCCCCCUCCAGUGCCACAAAAUGCGACGUUCGCUCAGUUGGUGCAUACCGAUGCCUAUCCGCCAACCAUCAACCACACGGGCUCGAAUGUGUCGAGCUGCAUGAGGAUUCAGGGCAAGAAGGACGACAGCAGUGGGCUCGACGACCUCUUUCUGGACCUCUCAUGCGACACGACAGAGGGCGUCAGCAGCACACUCCAGUUUACCUGCCUCGCCAACACCAGCCUCUGCUUCCGUCGGGAGGAGCACGAGCGGCUGCCUGCAAUUGCUACCAUCCAAGGCGUCAUGGGCGUGGAGAAGGCCAGCAAUCCGGCACGAGGGAAUCGAGGCGCAGAUUGAGGUGACCUUGACGGGCUCAGCAAUUCGAGUACGAUCAGCCUCAGCAAACUCUGAUCUUCGGCAACGAGACACAGGACGACCUCGUCAGUGCAACGGUGCUUCACUUCGUCAGUCAAGCACGUGACUUCAGUCUACGUCUCUUGACGUUUCCUGACGACGCGCGAGAGGGCUGUGGUGUCCUGCACAAUCAGCGCGCGUUCACAGUGACUAUUGCGCUAGCUGUCUCGGGCUAUGGGAGGGACGUGACGACUGGGCAAAACAACCGAAAGGUAGGUACGUGUAUAGGUUGACAAAUAUUGUGUGUAUAUAAGUGUACAAAUAUUUGUGUGUGUAUACGUGGGGUUCUUUCCUCAGAAGAGACCACAGGAGGCCAGUCAGUUUGCCAUCGACAAUCGAGAGGCGUUUCGGAAUUGCAGUGGGAUCUGCCGUGAGGCUUCCCUGCUGGCCGUGCUGGCAUCAUCCGGAUCUAAGACCGAUUUGCUUCUGGGCAAAGACCUUGCCCGUGAGCUGCUUGAUGAAGUCCUUCCGACAGUCUAUUUUCCUAUCUACCAGCCGGGGCCCCUGUCACCAGACAUAUCAUUUGGCAGCAGCCUGACUGUCGACAAGUUCGUUGUCGAGCAGGAUCGACUCGAUGUGUCGUGCCUUAC